AUGUUCAAGAAGGCUCCAACUGAGAUCGAUGAUCUCAAGAAGGACGUCCUAUCAAAAGAUAAGAUUUUUGAUAACCAAGUUGCCCAGAUUAAGCAGAUGAUAGAUUGGAUGACUGAAAUAUCAACGAAGUUGGAGAAGAACAAGGUUGCCAAGGCUGAGGCGGAGCGUCAAAUGAAUGAGGUUGAGCUAAAGGUGUCCAUCGCUGAGAGUAAGUAUGCAUCAUUGAGUGAGAAAAUUGGGAAGUUUAGGAGUUCCUUGGAGGAGGUCUCCAAAUGGGAGGAGACCAUUCAGGAAAUGGUCGCCCAAUAUGAAAACGAGAUUUUCUUGAUCUUUAGGGAGCUAAAGAAUAAAUCCUUCAAGGAGGGUUGUGAUGUUGUCCAUUGUGCUACUGGUGUGCCCUCAAAUUCGACGCUCUUUCAAAAGCAUACAGUUGGGCCCACACCUUUGGUGGCCAAGGGAUCUAACACAGUGCAACUUCUUAAGAAGGUCCUCCCAAUGCGAAAUAGUCAGGCCAAAGAUCUGUCGGUGGAUAUCAUGGAUUUGCUAGGUGAAGACCCAAAUAAGAGGGAAGAAAAUGUCCACGGCGGUGGCGGCUUAGCUUAA